AUGAACCGACCGGCAAUGCUUCGCUUAAUUGCCCAUAAAUCUAAAGCUUCACUUGGACUAUACGAUCUCCACAUUUGCUGCUACGUCAAACCCAAUGCCGCCGCAAACCGCGCAGGUGUGACAAGGGUGGGAACGGAUCGGGUUGAUGUCUCCGUGGCAGUAGCUCCACGCGAGAAUGCUGCCAAUACUGCUGUCUCAGAGAUCAUGGCUGAGAUGUAUCUUUUCAACUUACAUGUUCGUGGUUGUGAUAAAAAGGUGUUCCAAGUGCCAAAAUCCAAUGUUAUGGUGACCCGUGGGGCAAAAGCAAGAGAGAAAACGCUAUCCAUUACAGAACUGGAGAUUAAACAAGGCUCGGAGGAGGCCUUCAUGAAGCAAGCAACAGAAAAACUCAUUGAUUCUGUGAGGAAGUCAAAUUCGAGAUAA